ACCCCCGCCGCAUCCCGUGCUCUAGUAGAAACCACACUAGAGUCUUCCUCCUUCCGCGCGCGUUUUCAAUUUUUGUCCGGAUCCAGUUGCGCUGUCCUCUUUUGAAGAGAAAUCCAAGGAGGAAAAGGAAAUCGGCGAGUUGGAAAGUGGUUAGGGCUGGGAAAGGUCGAAUGGGGGUCUCGGAUAAUUCCAAAGGUUUCGUUCUCGCCCUUGUCUCGAGCGCCUUCAUCGGAUCCAGCUUCAUUCUGAAGAAGAAGGGGCUAAAGCGGGCCGGCAAAUCUGGCGCACGAGCAGGUAAGAAUGGAAAUCCUUGCUUCCAUCGGACGAUAAGUACUUCUUUUUUUUUGUUGUUGUUGGAAAGAUGCAUUUUUUUUCUAGUUUUCAUGUAAAAUUUUCUUCAAUCGGCUGUGGGAAAUUUUGUUUCGACAUUCUUGUUUACCUCAUCGGUGUUUCCAAUACUCAAAGAUGACUUUUGGUUUUGGACCUAAGACAAAUUUAAUAGUGAUUUGACUCCAAUAUCAGAUGACAUUUCAUAUUUAUAUGAAGUUUUGAAUACGACAUGAUGUGUAUGAUGAUUAUGUCCAAGGAAGUAGAUUAUUUCUGAUAAAAUUCCGGACAUCUCUUCUUUCCCUUCUCAGCUGAUGCUCUGUGAUACUUGCAUUCGGAUAUUUGCUUUUCAUCACAAGCUUUUGUUUCUCCCUUUUACAUUUAGAGAUUUUCGUCAGCUUGUGGCUUAUGUUUUUGCUCCAGCUGCUUUAGUUACUCCUUUGGGCGCAUUAAGCAUAAUAGUCAGGUAUCAAUAUAAAUAAUUGAAUGGUUCAUUAAGGCUUCAUGUGCGCUAACAGAUUUCUAUUUCUGAGCAGUGCCGUAUUGGCACACUUUAUUCUGCAGGAACGAUUGCAGGCAAUGGGCAUUUUGGGUUGUGUAUCCUGCAUUGUUGGUUCUGUUGUCAUUGUGAUUUACGCACCUCAGGAACAAUCUCCAAGUUCUGUAGAAGAAAUUUGGAAGCUAGCCACUCAACCUGCAUUUUUACUUUAUGCAGCAGCUACAUUUUCUGUAGUACUAGCAUUGGUAUUACACUUUGAGCCACUCUAUGGGCAAACAAACAUAUUGAUUUAUUUGGGCAUCUGCUUCUUAAUGGGAUCACUGAUGGUUGUUAGCAUAAAAGCCGUUGGAGUUGCUAUCAGGCUUACAUUAGAGGGGAUAAGUCAGGUUACAUACUACCAAACUUGGCUUUUUGUCACAAUUGCCCUUGUUUGUGUGAUCUCUCAGCUGAAUUACUUAAACAAGGCACUGGACACUUUCAAUACAACAAUUGUCUCGCCAAUUUACUAUGUUAUGUUUACUACUCUCACAAUUGUUGCAAGUGCAAUAAUGUUCAAGGAUUGGUCUGGCCAAAAUAUCAGCAGCAUAGCUUCCGAAAUAUGUGGUUUUAUUACAGUUAUUUCUGGGACUAUCUUAUUGAACACGACCAAAGAAUAAGAUGUGUUUCCUUCAAUAGGUUCAAGAACAUCGAUGAUGACCAUUUUGUCAUCUUGCAAAGUUCUGAUUAAUUAUACUUGAGCCAAAUGCGUUCAGGAGGCUUAUCACAGUACCAUCUUGCUCCACAGGGGAAUGCCAGAAUAUUGCCAGGUGGAUGCAUUUAUAAUGUAUUUUUAUAUUCAAUUUUCGUAUUUGAAAUAUAUAUGUUUUUCAUAGUAUUUCCUGAUAUGUGGGACAUGUAAGUUGGUUUUUGAAGUUACAAACUAGGCAACUUGUAUAUUUGCUUGUAUUCAAAACAUAGGUUGCCUCUUCCACUGUGUAUAGUUCAGUCAUUGCAAGCUAGUUCAUUUUUCAUAUUUUGCUUAA